CCAAAAUGCAGCAUCAGCUGUGGUCAUGGGAACCAGAAGGAGGCUGGGCCACAGGAUGGCAGCAGGCGUCUCCGCUGGCCGCUGCUGCCUGACGACGCCGGGGUACGGUAACACGCACGCUGCGUGCCCAACACUGGACUGCCUCCUGCAUUAUUUUGAGACUUAGAGCUCAGGACGGUACCGGUAACGUGAAGUUUGUUUCGAGUUCAAAGGAUAGCCUUUCGGAACCGCUGUAAGCCAAGCGAAGUUUAAGAGGCUAACGUGAGAUUCAGCUGUCAUGCAGCAGCUAGCGGCGCUGGCUGCGCUUUUAUAUGGUCGAAAUUAGCUCGUCGGAGAGAGGCUAGCCUAUCUCAUUUGCCCCGUUCAUUCAUAGUGACUUCCGUUUAGCUCGAGCUGCUGGGUUCCCCGCAGAUGGAGGUGACGGUGAAGCCCGCGAGGGUAACCCCGGCCAAGGGACGGCGUUUGUUUUGCGGCCAAUCAAGAUAGCAGCGCGGGGGCCACGCUGUUCGUGACCGGCUCGCUGGCUUCGGAUUACUGCGCUCCGCGGCGUCAUUCGCCGCGUUCCGCAUGAUGAGCGAUCGUUAUGGAAAGGUCAAGGUUCAGCUCGGCCGGAUGAAGUCACUAGGCGAGGAUGCAGGGAGAGAGGAAGUGGAUCCCGAAGCGGAGAUGCCCUGCGCCUCACCCGUCUCGCCGAGCCGCAUCACCACCGCCGCGGGGACGGAUGCGCCGGGCUCCUCUAGCGUCUGCAAGCAGAGGGGGAAACGAGGCGGCAAGCAUCCCUGCGGCAGGCCGUCGCAGGGGGCUGCCGUCCCCGCGAGAAACCUGAACGACCCCGUCUGCGAGCAGACGCUCCACGUCAAGGGGACAGGGAGGAUCCUGCAGGGCAAGCCCGAGAGCAACGGCAACUGCGCGUCCAGGAGCGCGCAGGAGACGCGCGGCGAGGAUGGACCCAAGGUGCCCAGGAGGAGGAGACCCGUGACGGUGGACACGGCCAAAGCCAAAACCUCCCUGGAAGCCCUCAAGCUGAGCAUCAAGGAGCUGAGGUGGAAAGAGUUUCCUUUGGGAAGACGCGCGGCGUGUGACAUCUACUGGCAUGGCGUAUCCUUCCACGACAACGAAAACAUUGUGUCGGGACAAGUCAACAAGUUCCCAGGGAUGGUCGAAAUGCUGAGGAAGAUCAACUUGAGCAGAGCGGUGCGGACCAUGCAAGAGCUCUUCCCGGAGGAGUACGACUUCUAUCCGCGUUCCUGGAUCCUGCCCGAAGAGUACCAGCAGUUUUCCACACAGACUCGCCUGGCGAAGGAGAGCGACGCCGCCGUGAGCCCCACGUUCAUCGUCAAGCCGGACGGCGGCUCCCAGGGGGACGGCAUCUACCUCAUCCGGGACCCCGGCGACCUGAAGCUGAUGACGGGCGCCCAGCCCAGACAGGCCGUGGUCCAGGAGUACAUCCACAAGCCGCUGCUCAUCGACAGGCUCAAGUUCGACAUCCGCCUCUACGUGCUGAUCAAGUCCCUGGACCCGCUGGAGAUCUACAUCGCCAAGGAAGGCCUGACGCGCUUCUGCACCGAGCCGUACCAGGAGCCGAGCCAGAAGAACCUGAGCCACGUCUUCAUGCACCUGACCAACUACUCGCUCAACGUGCACAGCGGCAACUUCGUGCACUCGGACAGCCAGAGCACGGGCAGCAAGCGCACGCUCUCCAGCGUGCUCUACAGGCUGGCGGCCAAGGGCGUGGACAUCAAACGGGUCUGGUCGGACAUCAUCGCCCUGGUCAUCAAGUCCGUGAUCGCCGUGGUGCCCGAGCUUAAAGUCUACCACCAAGCCGACAUCCCGCCUGGCAAGCCGGGACCCACGUGUUUCCAGAUUCUAGGUUUUGACAUCCUGCUGAUGAAGAACCUGAAGCCGGUGUUAUUAGAGGUCAACUCCAACCCCAGUAUGAGAAUAGAACAUGAACAGGAAGUGGCGCCGGGAGUUUUCGAGUACGUUCCCAGCCCGGUGGACGAGCAGGUCAAAGUGGGGGUGAUCAGGGACACGCUGCGCCUCAUGGACCCCUUCAACAGGAAAGCGACGGCGAUUCUUCAACCGAGGGCAGGCGGGGCUGAUCAUGGGGAUGAGAACCCAGUGGUCGGCGAAUCGCAAGGCGUGUGUCCAGAUAACGCGGGGAAUCUGCCUCCAUUGUGCUUGAAGCAGGUCUAUCCGAAGUACACCAAACAGUUCAACCAUCUGCGGCUGGUGGAGCGAAUCGCUGCUCUCUUCAUACGCUUCCUCGGGGUGAAGGGCAACAUGCGCCUCGGCCCCACAGCCUUCCGAACCUUCAUCAGGACUUGUAAACUGAGCAACAGCAACUUCACCAUGGCCUCAGUGGACAUCUUGUAUAUAGACAUCACACGUCGAUGGUCCUGUGCCCUGCCCGACUCCCGAGAAGCAGGGAUGGGACUGCAAGCGUUCGUGGAAGCCUUUUUCUACCUGGCGGGCCGGAGGUUCAAAUCCCUGACGCUGAGGGAGCAGGUGGGGUCCUUGCUGGACCUGUGCGAGGCUUCCCUCGGGCCCCAGUCUGGUGUCGAGGACAGACGCUCGUUGAGCUGCAGCAGGGCGUUGCCGCGACCCGUCAAAACUCAGACGCUGUGCCUCUCCAACCCUCAGCUCAGCUCCCCGGCCGCUCAGCGAAGGGCCACGAGCCAGGACUGCCGGCUGCAUCAAAGACUGAAGCCUCGCGCGCUCAGGGCAAACGUGGAGAACUGAUGAGAGGGAACUGGCUGUCCGACUCCAGCUGCAUUGCCUUGAACCCCCUCCACAGGAGCGGAGGAGAUUAAGGGUCCAUUUCUCCUCUGCAGCUCCUGAGAUGGGCUAGCUUGACCCCUGCUGGUUGACUUGUCGGAGGACCGCUCUCUGCCUGAUUGCUUUUUUUUUUUUCCCCUUCUGAGGAGGGAGAUGGCCUCAGGGGGACUGAAAUGGUAAGGCUGGUGGGUUCCUUCCUCUCUUCCUGGUGGGAUCAUACGUUAACAGUGUGGUCCUGUCAGGCGGAGGAUAUGGCUGCUUUCCAUGUACUGUUUGAUUCCAGAGGGCAGCUAUUUGCUUCCCUUCCCUUUUGUCUGGCUAUAUCUCCACUAAAACAUUAUUUUUUUUUUUCAGGAAUAAUAUUAGACACUUUAUGUCAGCUAAUUCACACAGAUCAAAGAAACAGGUGGGUGUGAGGGAGCAUCUUGAGUGUAUUAUACACUUGCAUCUCAAAAAUGUAGGAUAUCUUUGAAAA